AAUUGGACACCUGGUGAUUCUGCUCGGUUCUUUCUCCGCCCCUCACUGAAACAAAACGUUGCGAAAUUCCUCAAGUUUUCAGGCGGUCGUGAGCAACUACUUUCCUGGGAUUAUUAAAGUCGCACACAGGCUUCUGACUUCUUUUACACAGACGCAUGGGAUUUGUUAAUAAUAAUAAUAUAAGCUGUCUAACAUACCAGGAGCAUUAAAGAAACAAAACGCGGGCAGAAAGAAGUGUGAAAAAAGCGAAUGAAGACGGGAGGCGCUUAACGGGACCAAAAGGAGGAGACAACUAACUUCGGGAACGCUAUGGGAACUUAGGCCUUUUUAUCAACCAGUUUUAAAGCACAAAGAUUCUUAACUUCUGCGUUAAAGUUUCGCAUAGCCACAUAGUGUUCCAGGCAUGAUGGAUGGAGAGAAGGAGAGAGAGAGGGAAAGGGGAGAGGAAAAGGAGAGUGAUGAGACGGAGGAGGAUGCUGAAGGAGCAGCCUUGCUGUGGCAAGAAGGCUCCUCUGAUGAUGACCUAGGAUUACCCAUCAUGCACUGGGAGGCCCUAAGCCUGCGUAUUGCCCAACUUGAGAAACAAGAGGAAGAACGAAGAGAGAAGAACAAGGAUGUUGCUCAGUGGACAGCGAGUUGGCCAGAGUUGUAUAACCUUACCAGACAUCAAGAUACCUGUGAGGAUGUGGAUGAUAGUCGCCUGACAGCCCUAACGUCCCGACUCCAGAGUCAUAUGAACCUGCAACUCUGCUUUAUCAACAACAGUGAGAGUGAGGAUGAGGAGGAGGAAGACAAGGAGAAAAAAGAGUUGAAGAAACACUCUGGGAAACAGAUGCAGCAGCCACAGCAGCAUUCCAGCACUGCAUCCAGCAGCAAAGCCAAACCUGGUGGGUUUAAGAAAGAGGUCAAGGCUGCUCUCAGCAUGCUAAGACACAAGCUGAGGUUGGAGCAAAAACAGACCAAACCCCCCAGUGAUGCAGUUAAAGAGAGAACUCAUUAUAAUCGCAGCGACUUGCAGAAUUUCAGCUUAAAGGAGUUGAAUGCACUGAAGACCACACUAAGCAAAGACAUUCAUAACCUCAGCUCUGAGUUAGUGGGCCGACUUCUCACAAGAGACCAGCUAAGAACUGAGCAGGAUGCCAUGUUGCUGGAGAUACAGGAUAUGACAUCACUCUGAGAGAAGUGGUCUUUUACAUUAAAGGGACAAAACCAAUGCCUCAAUAACUUGAGAACUUACAAACCUGGGAGAUCUGCCUGGAAGAAUUAACUGUACUGUGAAAAGUUUCUCCACACCAAAGGAAUGUUUAAGGAAUUUAAGGUCUUAAAUUGCACAGAUUUGUUUCCAAGUUUGCCUUUGUUUUAGCUGCUUUGUAAAUUUUUCUGUUAAUAUGUUGAUAUAAAGGUGUUGAAAGGCAUUGGUAAGCUGUUAUUACUAGGACCAACCUCUUCCCAGAAUCAAAUUGUUUUUGACAAAUCAUUCUUUUUAUUGUUCCAGCCCCUUUAAGUUUGUGUCAUAUUUACAACAUUUUAGUGAUGUACUGCAUCUAUAAUUUGAUAGUCAGUAGUCUACAGUCACAUGCAGACACUUGUAGAGCUAAUGGAUAAAGCAAUAAUCUCCUGAAGGGAUGACAUGUUCCAGUAUGUUUCACACCUGUGCUCACAAAUGUAAAUUAUGCAAAUUUUCAGUUAGAGAAUCAAAGCUGCCUAAAACAUGCUCAUUAAAGUCUACCUAAAAUAAUUAAA